UACACAGCUGAAUUGCGAACCGCCGUCUUCGCCAUUGUGGAUUGUGAUACCACAUGUGACCUUACACCUCCUCUACUCACUACGCACACGUCCAAAUCCAACCCGGACUUGAAACCGGCUGGUCUUGCAAGACGCUAUUGACCCCGUCGACGUCGACACGGGUGUCUAUCGCCAGAAUGUUGCUUUCAAGAGCCCUGGUCCUGCUUCCAUUCACCCUGCUACCGUGCGUGCGGGCAGCGAAUAGCACAGAAAUAUUGCAGCAUGCGAUCAAAUCGUUACCCAAGUCUCCAAUGCCUGAUGGGCUCUAUCACACAAUCGUCCUGCCAGCUCUCAGAUUUUCAAUGCAUCGCCCAGGACAAGCCACUCAAUGCACAGAUCGAAACCUGUGUUAAAAGAGAUUGCACAAUCAGGGAGGCCCUGACAACGAAGAACUUUACGGAGACUGCCUUUGGUGUGCCUCAACGAGAUGAUAGCAAACUAGUCUCGUACACGAGUCUGAUUGCUGGAGGCAUCGCGCUCCUGGCUGUGAUACUUCGAGUCUUUGCACGUCUUCCAUGCUGGGGCGGCGCAUGGGGUUUGGAUGAUUGGUUUAUGAUGGUAACCAUGAUUCCCAUGGUUCCUCUUACAGUCCUAUCGGUUGUCCUCGCCGAACAAGGUCUUGGAAAAGACAUGUGGACCGUCCCUUUCGACAACAUCACGAACAUCCUGCAUGUCUACUACUUCGACGAACUCUUCUACAUCGCCACCAUCGCACUCACCAAAAUCUCCAUCCUCUUCUUCUACCUCCGCAUCUUCCCCCACCGCGAGUUCCGCCUAUGCACCUACGCCACUAUGGCCGCCUGUUUCGCUUACAUGCUCGCCUUCCUCCCUGGAGUCGCUUUCCAGUGCGUCCCCAUCCGCAUCGCGUGGGAGAAGUGGGACGAUGAGCAUCACGGCAAGUGUAUAAAUAUGAAUGCACUGGCUUUGGCGGCUUCGGCGCUGAAUAUGAUUCUCGACGCCAUUGUUGUGGCGUUGCCAUUGAGGGAAUUGGCCAAAUUAGAGAUGAGUCGGAGGAGGAAGGCGGGGAUUUUGUUUAUGUUCUUGGGAGGUGGAUUCGUAACCGUCGUCUCCAUGCUCCGCAUCAAAUGGAUGGCCCAAUUCGCAAACACCCAAAACGUAACCUGGGACUACACCCCCGUCGGCUACUGGUCGACGCUCGAAGUCCAUGUCGGCGUCCUCAUCGCCUGCCUGCCUGCCCUGCGCGCCCUGCAACACCGCCUCUUCCCCGCCAGCAAGAAAUCCACCUCUUACUACGAUAGCCCGAGAGCGGGGUACGGGCACGGUUCCAAGGGAGCCGGGGGAUCCUCGUCGUUCCCCAUGAGUAGCAGCCUCAAAGCAAAGUUUAGCAGGUCAACCAAGCCAGGUGACGAGAAGGAUAAAUCGUUCAUCACGUCUACGAGCCAGGCGAGCAUGAUGAGGAGUUCGCGUCCCGAUCAUUACGAUACGAAGAACUUUAUUCCCUUGGAGGAAUACGAUGAAAGUGGUCGGGCGACCUCGUAUCCGUCUUCCAAAGAUGAGGAAUUAGGCAUUGGAACGGGUGGCCGGAGGAACAGCGCGCAGCUAGAGCGCGGUAGCACCAAGAGUGGUUCUUCGGGUGGCCGGAACGCGACGUUCGGGGAUAGCUACAGCAAGACGGGAUUGCAACCGGGGUUUGCGUCGACGUCGCCACCACCGACGGGGACCGGGACGCCGUUUGAUGGUGGAAUGGGAGCCAUCGCGGUGCAUGUGAAGAAAGAAUAUAGCGUCAACGUGGAGCGUUGUUAAGGGGGAGUAUGCGCGGUGAACAGCGUCGAAUUAGGCAGCGAA